AUGAAUUCGUUUCUGAUCAUAUUCGGCUUGGUUGCUUUAUCAAGCGUAGCUAUUGCCGAAAAUUCGUAUCUCAUUAUCGUACCUAAAUUGCUCAAAGUUGGCUAUGACAAUCAACUUUCAAUUUUCAUUGCGGCUGCUUCGGAACCAGUAGAAGUUAAAUUUAAUUUAACCUUAGGUCAAAAAUAUAUUCAAAGCACAAUCACAGUAAAAUCAGGUGAAACACGCAAUGCUACAUUGACUCUACCUUUUGAGUUUCCUACUGGUGUUGGUGAAUUGACUAUUGUUGGAAGUGGUGGUAUUCGUUUUAAAGAUAAACGAGAUAUCAUUGUUUAUGACAAUCGUUAUGUUGUUCUGGUUCAAACAUCGGCAUCUACCUAUCAUCCAGGUGAUAUCAUGGAAAUUCGUGUUGUUGCAACAAAUGAAGAACUCAUGCCAAUAGAAAAUGGUGAAGUUCUUAUUGAAGUUUAUGAUGCUAAUUUUAAACGUGUUGGUGAAUUUGCAACCAUUCCCAUUCAUUCGGGUAUUACCGAAACUUUUAAAUUUCCAAUUGGCACACAAUGUAAUACUGGUACAUGGCUUGUUUCAGCUACUAUUGACAAUACAACAUCAUCUGUUGAAGUACUUGUUGCUCGACCAGUUACACCAUCAUUUGAUGUUAAAGCUAUAUUUCAACGAUUUCUUCUUCGUACAGAUAAAACUCUUCGUGGUAUUAUUGAAAUGCAUAGUGAUAAUAAUAUGCCAAUUUUUGGUCGUGUUAUAAUGGCUGUUGGUCAAAUUACUGAACAAGACAUGAAAAUGAUGAACGGACAACAAAAUUUAUUUCCACAACAAGGACAACAAAUUUUAUUUCCACAACAAGGACAAACAACUGAAGAAUGGAGAACAUGGAAAUCACGACAAUUUGAAAUAGCUGGUCGUGUUGAAAUCAAUUAUGAUCUUUUAUCAUUAUUUAAUAUUGAUGUUACUAAAGCUGUUGCUAUUAGAGUUUAUAUUCAAGUCGCUAAUCUUGUUUCUGAUCAAGAACGUAUAAUUGAACAUGUUAUUCCUGUAUUUAUACAUAAUGUUAUUUAUGAUAUUCAUCCACUUCAUUUUGAAACUGGUAUGAAAAAUGAAUUUAAAAUUAUUGCCAAACGUCCUGAUGGUAAACCAGCUAAAAUGGAAAACUUAAUUGUUACUGUUUCAAUGAUGAUGAGUAAUGAACAAGGAAAAGUACAAGAAGAAAAAUCAGUUGACAUUAAAGAGUUUUAUACACGUGGUCGUAAUGAUAUUGGUUUAUUCAAUAUAGAACUUCCAGAUAAUUGUAUUGGUGUUCUUAUGACAAUAACACCAUUAAGUGAAGAUGGUAAUAAACGUGGUUAUCGUACUCAUGCUGUUCCACUUAUGCCAACACCUCGACGUGGUACUAGUGGUGCUAAAUUAUCAAUUGAAUUAUUACCAACAACCACAAGCAAAGUUCAAAUUGAUGCUAAUGUUCCAGUUGUUAGUUCACAAAUUUCAACUGUUGGUCAUACAUCAAAAUUUUAUAUUCAAUUGACUCCAUCGAAAGCAGUUAAAAAAUUUGAACCAUUACCAAUGUCAUAUGUACUUUUAACAAAUGGUCGUAUUACACAUACUGGUGAAUUUAUUAUUCAACCAACAAAUGAAUGUCAAUCAAGAAGUCAACGUUCUAUUAUAUCAGAAGAACAGGUACGAUCAACUUGUGUAUUUAAUGGUACUUUAUCAAUUGAAAUUACACGUGAUAUGAUGCCAUAUUCAUCAUUACUUGUAUAUACAUUUCAACCAUCAUUUGGCUUCAAUGUUGCUGAAUCAUAUCGAUUUUCAGUUGCUGGACUUUUUCAAAAUACAUUACAAUUAAAAGCAGCCAUUGUUCCAUUUAUAUCAACUAAUACAAUGAUUACAGAUGAAGAUAAUGGUUCUACUAAAGAUCUUGAUUCAUUAGAACAUGUUGUUUUCGAACCAGUAUCAAUUUCAAAUCGAGCUCAAGGUAAAUCACGUAUUGAACUAUCACUUAGUGGUCCCCCAAAUUCAAUCGUCGGUGUUAAUGUUAUUGAAUAUGAUAGUGUUAUACAAGGUUUACCAAAUGAAAUUACUAAAGAACGUUUACUUCAAUAUUUAACAACUUAUGAGCAAGUACCUAUUGUUGGUAUGCCAACGAUUCGAACACUAGCAGAUGAACAAAUUGAUUCUCAUACACACGAAGUUGAUACAACAGAUGGAAAUGAAGUUCAAUAUUUAGCAACAACAAUGAGACGGGAUGAUAAAGAACAUCAAACACAAGACAUGGAGAGUACAACAUCAUCUUAUAAUAUGAAUGAUGAAGUAACAGACGAGAUGGAUUUAGAAAGUCAAACUAUGCAUUUACUUGAAGGUUUCGAUUCUGAAAUGUUAAUAAAAAAACCAAGUAAAACAUUAAAUAAAAGAGCUAUUAUUAGCGAAGAAGAAGAAGAAAACAAUAUUCAUCGUGAACGUUUAGGAUUUAAAAUUCGUUAUCCGAUUGAAAAGUUAAUCUUUGGUAGUAGUUCAUCUCGUAGUUUAAGACCAAUUGAUGGUGAUGAUGUUUAUACAACAACAAAUAUGGAACGAUUAUAUGGUGACAUAAAUAGUCGAAGAUUACACUCACAUUAUCAUCGUCGAACAGUGAAAUCAUUAAAUCAAUAUGAUACUAUGGUUAAUGAUAAUGAUUAUGUUGUUACAGCAAGUGUUCCAUUGGUAACGAACUCUAAUGUUGAAGUUAAUCAACAAAAUGAACCAGAAGAACCAGAUGUUCAAAGUCUAAGAUAUGGUACACCAUCAUGGUAUGAAAAAAUUAAUUUAAAAUUAUCAUUAAUUUCACAAGAAGCAUUAAUAUUUAUGCAAUCAGCAUUAAUAAUUGUUUCUGAUUUUUCAUCAUUAUAUAUUCCACCUGAUAUAUCACGAUCAAAUUUAACUAAAUUAUUUUCAAAAUAUCGUGAACAAUUAAUAAUCAGUAGUGAUUCUGAACCAUUUGAUAUUCGUGAUGAAGCUCGUCAAUUACUUGAAGAAUAUUUUGUAGAAUCUGAUUUAUCGAUGAUUCCACCACAAAUUACACUUGAAGAACAAGCUCGUAUUGGUUACUAUCGUUCAAUCUUUUUUCAUACAACUCGUAUUGAAUCUCAAGGUACUGGAAAAGUUCUUCUUCCACGAAGUAAACCAUAUGCAACGUGGCUUGCUACGGGAUUUGCACUUAACUCCAAAACAGGUUUAUCUGUUGCUCAACCAAUUCGUCUUCCAACAAAUUAUGGUCUUUUCAUUUUUGGUAAUUUUCCUGAUCAAGUUCAAACUGAUGAACAAGCACUCUUAACAUAUGGUAUUAACAAUUAUCUUGAUAAAGAUUUAACUAACGUUGUUGUACGUAUUCGAACUUCAACUGAUUUUCAUAUUAUUGAACAAGAUGAACAAGAAAAUGUUAGAUCAAGCACUGGUCAAGAUUAUACAAUUACAUUUCCAUCUAUUAAAUCAUUAGGUGUUGAAACACAUGAUAUUAUUUUGAUACCAAAAUAUGCUGGUGUUGUUAAGAUUAUACUUGAAGUUGAAUCGGAAUUCGGUGGUGAUUAUGAAAUUUUAACAACUUAUGUACGUGAAUCAGAUAUUGAACGUAAACAAAUUACAACACAUUUAUAUGAUUUAACAAAUGAAAACAAAACCUAUGGUCCAAUUGUUGAAAAUGUCACUACAUCAACAUUUCUUCGAUCAGUUCAAAUUGCUGUUUCAGGUACUGGUCUUGAUCAUCUUGUUAAACAAAACACAAUGGAAAUAAAUUCAUUAAUUGGUAUUGAUCGUGCAAUUGUUCAUCUAUGGCGUUUACUCGGUCUUUAUCGUUAUUUUCAUGAAACAUCACAAAUGGAAUCAACACUUUUAGAUGCAACAAUGAGAAGUAUUACAAUAGCUUAUCAAAAUCUUCAAUUUUAUAAUAAUUAUAAUGGUUCAUAUUCAUUUAUUUCUAAUCAAGAUGAACAAAAAUCAUCACUUUAUUUAACAUCAUUAGCUUUUGGUGCUUUAAUUUCACCAUUUAUAACUGUUCAUGAUAAUGUUGCAAUUAAUCGUACUUUAACAUGGAUUUUAUCUCAUCAACAAAAUGAUGGUUCGUUUGAUGAUCAAGGUUCAUGUUUUCAUUAUCGAAUUUGUUCAGGUAAAUUUCAUCGUGAAUCAUUAACAGCUAUUGUUUUAUAUACAAUGACAUAUAAUAAUGUAUCACAAUAUGGACCUGAAUUUGUUCAUCGUCGAUUAUAUAACGGUGAACAAAGUCCAAUAGUACGUGCUCAACAUUUUUUAGAAUCACGUCUUGAUGCUGUUAAAUCAUGUUUAUUAACGACAACAUUAAUUGAAUUAGCUCUUGUUCAAUGUCAAUCAUUAUCAAAACAAUUCAAAGAAAAAAUUUAUGAAAAUGUUCGUAACCGUCAAUUAACUGUUGUACCUGAAGAUGGUUCAAAAUUUUUAAAAACUGUUAAUGAAAAUAUAACAUUUGAUGAUCAAUUAUUAAUUAAUGCAUUAACACUUUCAAUUUAUGCUAAUUAUAAUGAUUGGAAAACAACACUUGAAAUUGCCCGUUGGAUGGUUGAACAAAUAGAAAUUCAUCCAUGUUGUAGCACAGUUUUAGAUGAUAUUUUUUAUAUUGAAGCUUGGCUUAAAACUGCUUAUCUUUUUCAUCAAUAUGUAGGAUCAGAAAAUUUCUCAGUUCUAAUUAAUGUUACAGCUGAUAAUGGACAACACAAAGAAUUUAAUAUUAAUUCAUCUAAUAUGGAUAUUACACAAAAACUUAGUUUUACUCUACCAAUUAAUCAAAUUACUUAUACAGUUAGUGGUUUUGGUAUUGCUAGUGUUAACAUUGAACAAAUAUAUAUGGAAAAAGAACAACAAACAGUUCAACCAGUUUCAUUUCAAUUAACUAAUGAAUAUUUACCAUUAUCAUUGUUAAAUGAAAUUACAGCUCGAACAUGUCUAAUUUAUACACCAACAUCUAAUGAUCAAAAAUUAGCUAAAGAUAUUUCUAAUCGUACUAUUAUUGUUGAAAUCCAAAUUCCAUCAGGUGUGCGUGUAAAUCUUCGUCAAAUAGGAUUCUUCUUAAGUCGAGUUCCAGAAGCUAUGUAUUUUACAUUUAAUGAACGUACUAAUAAAAUAAAUUUCUUCUUUAAUAUUCCAUCAACUGUAUAUGGUAAACAAAUUUGUUUUAAUUGGCGUCUUGAACGUUUAUCUAUUAUUGUAUCAUGGACUCCAAUUCAAAUACGUGCUUAUGAUUAUCUUCAACCAGAAUCACAAUUAAUUCGUCUUUUUCCAGUACAAAUUGAAUCAAGUUUUUUUGGAUAUUCAUCAUGGAAAAUUUUCAUGAAGCUCCAUCAAAACUUGAACAAUUAA